UGCCACAGCGGAAGUGAAAGCUUCAGAAGAAAUAGUGGCUAGAUAUUAGAUAAAUAAACAUGGUCGGUGUUUUCGUAUUGCACAUUGUAAAAAUGUCCUACUAACAAAAUGAAUGUUUUUAUGUGCGUUGUGUUGUUUCUCGUAAGUGCCACAGCUGCAAGCAAAAGCGGAGACGAUGAAUGGGUGCAUCUGCCAAAUAAAUGUGAAGUGUGCAAAUUUCUUAGUAUUGAGAUGAAGUCUGCAUUUGAAGAGACUGGCAAAACAAAAGAAGUGAUUGAAACCAACUACCACUUCCUGGAUGAUAAAGGUGCACCGCCAAUCAAAUAUGUCAAAUCUGAUAUUCGUUUCAUAGAGGUGAUGGAGAACGUUUGCUCAAGGAUUAUGCAGUACAAUCUACACAAAGAGAGAGUCGGAAGUAAUCGCUUUGCAAAGGGUAUGUCUGAGACAUUCUCUACCUUACAUAACCUGGUUAAUAAAGGUGUGAAGGUGGUCAUGGACAUUCCCUAUGAGCUGUGGAACGAGACCAGUGCAGAAGUGGCUGAUCUCAAAAAACAGUGUGAUGUGAUGGUAGAGCAGUAUGAAGAAGUCAUUGAAGACUGGUAUAAAGGCAGCCAGGAGGAAGAUCUCACCACUUACCUGUGUGAAAAACAUGUGCUGAAAGGACAAGACACCGACUGUCUUAAAGAGAAAUGGAGUGGGAAAAAGGGAGACGCAGCUGCUAUCGCAGAGGACAAGAAGAAAAAGAAGGGCAAAAAGAAAAAGGGCAAAGACAGCGAGGAUGAGCAGAAAAAGGAGAAAAAGGUAAAGAAGAAGAAAAAGUCCAAGCUGACUGACACGGAGACCAGCAAACGGAAAACUGAAGAAGCUGGAUACACCUCAGAUGAGGAGGAGAUCCAGAAGAAAGUUACUCUUAAUCAGGAUAAAACUGAACUCUGAUAGAUUUCUUUCCUUUCAAUAUUUUUUUUUCCUUUAUCUAAAUUUACUACUGAUACCGAAAUGAACAUUGCAUUUUAGUCUAUUAGAAGAAGGUAACGCUGAGGUCCUCAUUCUAGAUCAGAUUGAACACGUCACUUGAAUGUUAACAUUAACUCCAUCCAGGAACAAGCUAAAAACAAAUGCCAUUUCAAAUCCAAAAAUGGCAGCUAGACCAGUCAAAUCAGAGCUUGGAUUCAAAUGUUUGCUUGUGUUUGUUCUCAUGCUAGUUGUUGGCAUGCUGUUGGAAUGGAUUCUGGAAAUCCUUCUUAUGGUUCUCAUUUCUAUUCCUCUGACUCAUCUCGCUGAUUUCCCCCCCC